AAAGCUACAACAACAAAAAUGGACAGACAAACACGCCGUGCAAACUUUAAGAAACUACAAGAACCCGCGAACACAAAGCUGCGCUCCACGCGCAGCAGCAAGGCCACAGCGCCCAUGACGCUCUCCGAAUAUUUCAAUACCCAGGAGAGUUCCAGCAGUUCCGCAGCUGCUGAGCCGGAGAAUCUCUUGGCGGAGCCUAGGAGCAAAAAAGCACGCGACGUUGAGCCCAGCAAAGAUGUGGUCAAGCCCAAAAAGGCGCCCAAGCUAAAGGCCAGUGCACCUCAGCGACGGGCACGCGGCGGACGUGGCAAGAAGCAGCCCAGCAUUAGCGACUUUCUGCGGAACGAGCAGCUCUUUGCGGAGGUCACGGCGCAGCAUUGCAUGGCGGAUAACUUUAGUCCCGAUGACAUUGAAAUGGCGCUGGUGUUGUCCAAAUCGGAGGCAGAGAAACAUGGCCGAUUGCGGCUGGAAGACACAGAGGACGAGCGCGAGGAAGUGCUCGAUUUGCUCGAUGACAAAGCGAAUCAGUCCACGGAGAAUGUACGCCGUAAGCUGCAAAAGUACGGCUUUCGCACAGCUGCCAAGGAGGAUUACAACCUGUUCUCCAUUGCUGCGUUGCCUGGUGCGCCGGGCAAGCGCGGCAAACGCUGCAAAUGGGCCAAUAAAUUUACGCCGCUCACCUUACGCAAUCCGGAGGCGCAGCAGAAAAAGCUGCAGACCAAGGUAGCUGCUCUGAUGGCGCAACAGGUGCGCACCAAGCUGCCAAGCGCUGAGCAGCAGCCGCCUUUCGAAUUGAUCAGCGAACGUCUGCUGCAAUUGGCAGCUUCCGCUGAGCGCCGCAUCACGCACGAGCCCAGCGCCGAACCUCUAACAAACUUGAGCGCAUAUUAUGUGCAGGAUUUGUUUGAAGUUAGUCGCACGCCGGCGCAUCACUUGCUGAAGAGCUGGUCGGCCAUACAGGGACGCGAUCUGUCGCCCAAGCGACCCAGCGCAGCGAGUCAGCGCCGGCAGCAGCAAUUGCAGCAGGUCUACGCAGAGCUGGAGGCGCAUUUUGGUGCUAGUGCAGUGGAGGAGGAGUUGGAUGAGCUGGAAAAGCUGGUGGCCGAUAAUAUGAUACAGGAUGUUAGUCAAGUGCUGGCUGAAAAUCUUGUGCAGCAAGCUAACCAAAUGGCAGAUGACAACAUCCAAUUGCCAGUUGAUCAAGUGCAAAUCUCAUUAAACAGCGAUUCGCCGCUGAAAGAGCCGCCCGACAAGCGUGCCAGAAUGAUGCCGAAACAGAGCGAGGAGAACCUUCAACCCAGUACCUCGGCUAUGCUCAGUCUACCCACGCAAAGCACACGCUGCAUUUCACCCGAUCUCUUUGCGGAUUCAGAUGAUGAUGAGCCGGCGAGUGAAACGCCUGCCACAUGUAGCACGGCGGCUGCUCUUGAGAUGCAAAACUUUUCCUUAAAGGUCUAUAGGAACAUAAGCUCGUGCGAGAUGAACAGCUAUGAGGUGUACUCCAGCGAUGAAGUGAAGAUUGUCCACGAUGUUAAAGCGGAGCGCAGAAGUCUUCAAGCACCUGCUCAAGCAAGCUUUAUAGACCUGACCGAAGAGCAGGAUUCACCCGAAAUCACAUCAAGUAAAUCCCUUUUCGAGCAGCACAUCUUUCCGCAGAGUCCGGGCAUAGAUUUUGAUGAAGAUAUCGAUGUAUUGCAGCAGGACUUAAGCGGCCAGGCGGCGGAUUGUGAAAUUUCGGAGGAACUAUAUGCGAAGUACGCCUAUCAAACAGCUCGGGAUAAGGCAGUCCUUGAACGCACUCAGUUCCAGCUGGACAACGAGUGCCUUAACGUGAGCAGAAAUGACUCCGCCAAAGCAAAUCCCACCUCAUCUUCCAACAUGGCCACAACUUCACAUGCUUUCAAGGACUCAAUACUCAGCUUUAGCCAAUUGGACAGCACACGAGAUGCAUUCCAGCGCAGCUGGAGCUUAACACAGUCGCCCGAACAGGCCGCUCAGCUGGAGCAGAGUUUCAAGAGUCCGCUGAGCCGGCGAAGCAAGUCCUUUGCAGAUAAAUCUGUCUUAACCCUUAGUCACUCGGAUGCGAGCAUUGAUUUGACCCAAGACAGCGGCGAUGAGGAUAACGAGGAGGAUAAUGUUCUGCUCUCCGAUGAGGAAAUCAAUUAUUCCAUUUGGAAGGCGGACAAAACGUAUCGGGAGGCACUCGAUGAUAGCAACAGUUUGCCUCUAACUAGAAUCAAAAGCGUGCCGUUCUUUAAGACUGUGGAGGAUUUGGAUGCAUAUCUGGAUGCUUCACCCACGCCCUCAAGCAAAUCCUGCAAUUCGCGCUCGCCUAACAAAAGUGCUCUGAGCAAAGAACGCGCCGAGUUUGGCAUACUGGAUGCAGCCAUCUCGCAGCCCUUUACGCUCUCUCAGCUGCAGAGUUCGCCGGACAAGGCGUGCCAAGUGCCAAUAGACUGGACGGAUGCAUCCUUUUUGGAGACCCCGCCGGAGGUGCCAAUAAAACGCUACUCCAGCAGCUGCGCCCAUAAAUUCAAAGAGCUGCUCAACGAUAUUUCGGAGCCAGCUGACGAACUGGAUGACUUUGAUCGUCUGGUGUUCCAGAACAGCAGCAAAGAUGCAACAAUAGACACAAUGCCAAGUGGACUGGAUCAACUGCUGCUGGGCGAGAUCAAUGCCGAGAGCUUGCCACAGUCUGCCGCAGCUGUGGAGCCGCCUAGUCCGGCUAAGGCAGCAACUUCCUGGGAGCAAUUGGAGCUCAAUGGUCAGGUGUACGAGGUGCGCGUCUGUCGCACACCCAAACCGGAUUUUGUGCAUCUAAGCGAUGCGGAGCUGCUGCAGCAGCUGUACAAUUGUGGCAUCAAGCCGCUUAAACGCAAACAAGCUGUCAAAUUGCUGGAAUACAUUUAUAAUCAAACGCAUCCCAUUAUGCUGCCGCCAGCGCAACCGGAGCCCGAGCCAGUGACCAUGCCGCGCUCUAAAUCCACGCCCAUCACUGCCGGCACUGGCAAAUCCCACAACGGGCGGCUGCGACUCGCCAGCAGCGACGAAGCGGAGCCAAAAGCGGCUCUCCAAUUUCGAGACGCCGCCGGAGCGCAGCUGCUGCGCUUCUCGCAAGAUGCGCCGCCGGCGCUAUGCGACGACUUCGAGUGCUUUGUGCUGCAGACAAAUGUCUCGAAGAAGACGCCACAGCCGUUGCUGCCGCUGCACAUAGCCUGGCACAAUUUGCUCUGUGCCAAUCCCGAGCUGCACGAGCGUGUGCUCCAUUUCGAGCCCAUCGAUCUGCAGGAGAUCUAUCUGCAUCUUAAGCAGCUGGGCCAGCGCUAUGAGCCCAAGGAACUCAAGAGUUUCUUCGACAGACGCUGCAUAAUCUUCCGUUACGAGCUGGCGCCGCCCCAGAAACAGGCCCAGCGGCACAUCCGGAAGCCCAAGUCCAGAAGGCCCUACGCAAGGCCCUAGACGACGUAUUUGUAC